UCGCCGGCUGGGGGAGCCGCCUCCCGCUCGUCCCCGCGGGCCCCUUUGUGCUGCUGCUGCCGCUGCUGCUGCUCCGGAGCUGCCUCAGCCAGGCGGCGGCUGCGUCACGGCCCCGGCGCUGCGGCCGCCCCGAGCCACCCGCGGAGCGAGAGCCGCGCCUCGCCCCCCUCUCCGCCAUCGCUGCGCCCCGAGCCAGGGCCGGCAGCCGGCGCAGAAAAAUCCCUCUAUCCUGGAAGAAUGGUGAAACUGGGGAAUAAUUUCAGCGAGAAGAGCACAAAGCAGCCCCUUUUGGAGGAUGGAUUUGACACCAUCCCCCUGAUCACACCCCUGGAUGUCAAUCAGCUCCAGUUCCCACCUCCUGAUAAGGUUGUGGUCAAAACAAAAACAGAGUAUGAGCCUGACCGCAAGAAGGGAAAGUUCCGUACUCCUAAAAUAGCUGAAUUCACAAUCAGCAUCACUGAAGGGGUUUCAGAAAGAUUUAAGGUAACUGUGCUGGUCCUUUUUGCCCUUGCAUUCUUAACAUGUGUUGUAUUUCUGGUAGUCUACAAGGUUUACAAGUAUGAUCAUACCUGUCCAGAAGGAUUUGUUUUCAAGAAUAAUCAGUGCAUUCCAGCUGGGUUGGAAAACUACUACUCUGAACAAGACUCCAGCGCUCGAGGGAAAUUUUACACGGUCAUAAACCACUACAACCUGGCCAAACAAACCAUCACGCGCUCCGUGUCCCCGUGGAUGACAGUACUGUCAGAAGAGAAACUGUCUGAACAGGAGACUGAAGCUGCUGAGAAAUCAGCUUAGUAUGAUAAGCUAAUUAUUAAAACUAUGUCAUUUGAAGGUAACUAAGGGACUUCAAGGAACUUUUCAUUAAAUAUAAUUAUGGAUAAUUUAGAGGUUACUCAUGUUUAUGGUGUAACUGCUUCUGUUUGCUGAUACUGCUUUGCAAAAAAAAAAAAAAAAAGUGAAAACAAAAACUUGCUGCAGAACAUUCAUGGGCAUAACCCCAGGUGCAUAUCAGCAUUGCUGUAGAGCUUUGACACCAUUUUCAAUGUUAAAAAAAAAUGUUAGAUAUGUUCUUGCAGUUUAUUGGAUACUGAUAGAUUUUGUCACUGGAUCUUCAGGGCUUGGACCUUAGAUAAAUCACGUGUUCUGUUGUCUGAACAGAUACUUAAUUUAUUAAGUUUUUGAAUUCUUUGUCAUUUUGCAAACUGAAACACCCCAGCCAUAACUAGAGUGAUCUCUUGUCUAGCUGAAAGCUGUAAGUAAUGUUUAGUUUGGGCUCAAGCAAGAAUGAUAGUCAGCACUGACAUCGGGGCAUAAUGUAAUGACUUGUAUGGAGAAAGAAACUGUCAGGUCGCAUUUUUCCUUACAUUUCCUUUCCUGUUUUUGUAAGUGAUAAUGAAGUUCUCUGCAACAAGGCAUGCUCAAUGUUUUCUUAUUGCUGUCAGCAGGAUUUAACUGCAUUUCCACUGUGGCUUUAGCAUCUUGGUAAGGAUGUGCACUGAAACACAAACUAGAUAGACUUAUGGAAAAACACAGGCAGUUUUAGUGGUGGGUGUUGAGGAUAGUGUAAAAAAUAUACAGUUCAGGAUGUUCUAAUGAGAAAUAACAUCUUUUGAUCAUACUAAAGAGGCAGAAAGUCUAUUCACAGUACAUGUAGUCCACUAUGUCAUUUGUUGGAUACAACUGAAGGAGUAAUAUGUCUAAAUUUUCUCCUGUAUUACAUCACAUUUUCCCUUUUUAUUAGUUAGAGCUUUCUGUUUAUGUAUGGUUUGCAGUUUGAUACUUUUUAAAACAUGGAGCAUCACAAGUGAAACAGUAGUGUGUUAGAUACCACAACUGGCUGUUAAAGCUCCAUGUGAAAGAGAGUGAAGAGUAGAAGAACUGUUUGUGUAUGGCUUGGGAGGAGAAAAGAUGUAGAAGAACAUAGUAUUGUGGAUGCACGUUAAAGUUCCAUUGUAAUUACAAACUUACCUAUUCUUUGUGUGAAAUCAUGUUUUCAUUUUUAUUAUAAAUCUUAAAUAUACAUUAUAAAAAGACAUCUUAUUAAUUUAACAUACAAAAGUGUGUGAAGCAUCUGGGCAAGCAAGUUGCCUUUUUAUUCAUGUAACUUGAAUGGGACAAGGGAGAGUGGACAUGUCAAAAGUUCCUUUUUUUUAAGGGGAAAACAUCAGUAAAAGCUGUUUCUCAAGAUUUGUAGUAGAACAAAUGUGGUCAGAUCUACUUCUGUUUUUCCAGCAGAAGCCUGUCAUCCCAAUACAGUAAAAAUAACUAUUAUGACUCAGUGCUCUAAAUUUGAUAGGAAAUGUGCAUUACGCAGUGCAGCUGUGAAAGGCUUUUUAUUAAGUCAUCAUGGUAUGUGGAAUGCCUAAGAAGCAAUAAACUAUGUGCCAUAUUUUUCUUUGGAAUUAAAAAUAUCAAGCUUAUGUGAAGAUCUUUAAAACAUACCAUAUUUGCAUUUUCUAACAGGUAUCUGCUUUAUUGAAUAUAAUUGAUUCACAUGUAACUUUUGACAUUUUCACUCUGUGCAUAGUAAAGAAUAAGAAUGAUGCUACCUGUUGCAUAAAACGUAUAGACAUAUACAUUUCAGAAGAGAGAUAGGAAAACACACACAUUUCACAUCAGCAUACUUAUAGAGGACAUUCAGAUUUUACAGGAUGGAAAGGUCUGUUUCCCAAGACUGUUCUAAAUAGAAGUGAUUCACGAUUCAUCUCCUCCCCUUAAAUUUAGGACAAUAAAAACUUUAAUGCAAAAGGAAA